AGAAGCGGUUCCUGGUGACAUCCCCAUGUCUGAUAGCUAAGAGGAGCAUCUCCUGGGGUCGGGGAAAUGGGACAAAAGGCCUCCUCCCAGCAGGCUCCGAGAAGCCUGGCUCCAAAGGACAGGCAGGAGGUUCUCGCCAUAUGCGAGGUGAUCAGUGCAGCUGUUGCCCACGCAGCGCAGAAGCUGAAGGAGUACCUCGGGUUUGAGUACCCACUGAGCAGUCUCGGCCUUGGCGCGGGUACGCUGAGUGAGCUCUUCCUCGUCCACUUCAUCACUUUCUGCCAGGAGAGGGGGGCCGAUGAGUGGCUCACCACCACCCGGAUGACCAAGCACCAGGCCUUGCUGUUCGGGGCAGACUGGAUUUGGACCUUCUGGGGACCUGAUAAGCAGAUACGGCUUCAGGUGGCAGUGCAGGCCCUGAGGAUGGCUGCCCCUCCUCCUCUGUGGGACCCCAAAUCCUGUGAGUCAAAGGGAGAGGAGUCUUGGAAGAAAGGCAGAUUUGAGAAGCUGGAAGAGUUCUGUAACUUGGUGGGAGAGGACUGUCUGGGCCUGUUUAUCGUCUUCAGUGUCCCUGGGAGGCCUAAGGCCAUCAGAGGUGCUGUCCUGGAGAGCGUCAGAAGGGUGAUGGUGGAGAGCCAGCUGCCGGGACGCAAGGCUGUGGAACAGUUCAUGCUGGAGACAGAGGAUUGUGUCUCCAUCAAGGAGCUGCUGGGAAACUGUCUGAGUAAGAGUGAUGGACUGAGUGACAUGGGCAAGGUUUAUAUUAACAUUCUCUAA